UCAGUCCGUCCGAUCUGAUUUUCCAACAAUGCUAUUUCGUUCUCCAAUUUCUGGUUUUUGAUAAUCCAAUAGGUGAAGUAAGUUUCCUUUGUUUUGAUCGUCGAGAGUUUGUGCGUCCUUAGAAUCUAAAAUCUCUGAACUUGAAAAUGUGGAAGCUAUCUUCUUCUUCUUCAUCAUCAUCAUCAUCUUCUUCUUCAAGAAUUGUGUCUGCUUUCCUCAAACUUCACUUCAACCGUCUUCAAGUCAACCCGUUGCAUCAAAUCCCUUCAAAUUCGGCUGAAUCAGCUCUUUCCCAUUUUCCUUUUCGCUCCCGAACUAACCCUUUCUCAAACCUUUACAUUCCAAAACCCAACCCCAUUUCCCCUUCUGGGUUUAGGUUCUUUUCCUUUAAACCCUCUAAUUCCGCCCCCAAAUUCAAUACCCAUUUCGCCAAAAACGUUUUUCAAAACCCGGCCAGUGUCUUCACUUCCACUUUGUCCAAGUACCGGGAGGCUAUUGCUUUGCAUUUCGAUGCCUUUUUCAAGAAAAAUUACUUAUUUCUGUUUGGCGUUGGAGGGGUUCUCCUCUGUGCUUUGCUUUGGAGGAUUAUGUUCGGCAUUGCCAACACUUUUGUUGGCCUCUCUGAAGGGAUGGCAAAGUAUGGCUUUCUCGCCCUUUCUACUGCAAUUGUUUCUUUCGCUGGUUUGUAUGUUCGCUCAAGAUUAACGAUAAAUCCCGACAGAGUUUAUAGAAUUGCAAUGAGGAUGCUUAACACAUCUCCUGAGAUUCUUGAGGUUAUGGGUGCACCACUCACGGGAACAGAUUUAAGAGCUUAUGUGAUGUCUGGUGGUGGAAUUACACUGAAGAACUUAAAACCAAAGUUUAGAAGAAAACGGUGUUUUCUUAUCUUCCCCAUCCAAGGUUCCGAGAGAAAGGGUUUAGUAAGCGUUGAAGUCAAGAAGAACAAGGGCGAGUAUGUUAUGAAGCUAUUAGCAGUAGACAUUCCAAUGGCAUCAGGACCUGAUCAGCGGCUAUUCUUGAUUGGUGAUGAAGAAGAGUACAAGGUUGGUGGUGGGUUGAUCUCUGUGCUGAGAGAUCCCGUAGUGAAGGCAAUGGCUGCAACCAAGGAAUUUGAUGAUCUUGACCAAAUCGAGGAAGAGGAGGAUGCUGAGCGAGAACUUCAAGAAGCUGAAAGAAAGCGUCGUGAAGAAGUUGAAAAGCUUGAAAAAGGUGGCAAUCAAUGACGGCUACCUUGAUUUUGUUCUUCUCCCUUCUUGCUUUUGCUUACUAAAGUUUCUGAAAGUUUGCUCGAGGCUUUAACAAUGCCAGAUAAACUCUUUGAUUGCCCCUUCAUUAUACUGAUUGUG